UCUUUUGAUUUUGUAAUCGAAAUUAAGAUAAUUCUAUUUUAAUUGAACAAAUUCGGUAUAACCUCUUAAUUAGCAUAUAAUUGAUGAUACAAUAAUACUAAUAAAGCUAAAAUAAUUAAUAUAAAGAAGUAAACAUAAUUAUAAUGAUUGGUUGGCGGGGUUUUGUUGUUCUAAAGAACAACCCUCUCGUCCCUAUUGGCUGCAAAUAAUUUAAGGUAAUUUUAAGAGUGCUUUGAAAAGUAGAAGGAAAAGAGCUUCGCGUUCCGUUCGCUGGAUGUCGGUGGAUUCGAUUUUGUGCGGCGGCGGCAGCGACGGCUGGGGACGUGAGGUGGGGGAGGCGCCGCGGAAUGCAAUAUUGAUAUCGGCCGACGUCCCGUGCGGUUCUCCCGGUGGAGGAAUCGAAACGAACUCGUAAAUUCCUUCCUUCCGCCUAGACGACCAGUCCGUAACAGCAGCACUAUAGUAGUAGUCGUAGUGGUAUCGACUUUCCGAAGAAGUCGUCGACUGCGUACAUAAGAAAUUUCUGCUGCCGGCGAGCGGAGAUUACUAAAAGGACACGAAUUGAAAAAAUCAACAAGCGGUCGAAAGAGAAGAAACGGAAAAGGAGAAAGAGGAAAAACGCGAGAGAGCUUAAAGCCCCCACCGACAACAAGUAGUGGAAGUAGUAAUCAAGCGGCGGCCGCGGACUCCGCAUCGCGUUCGCAUUAACCUGUUGAUAUCGGGGCCUUUAAAGAGGCACCAUCCAAUCCAGUGCAAAUACGAAUCCCCUAAAAAUAAAUAAAUUUGAAAAGGAUUUAAAAUAAUACAAAAGAAUUUUAAGAAUUUUUUAAAGGGCGAGCUUGGAAUGUCGAUCAAAUCAAUCGAAAUGAACCGAGUGAGUUUAAUAUCUCGCGAACGGAUCAAUUAGAUACACACAUAGAGAGCGAGAGGUGGUGGUGCUGCUGCGAAAUAACAUUAAGCGGAUCAUCCCCGAAGAGCAUCGAGCCAAACAUUCAGGUUUCCGGUUCUGAAGGUGGUAAAGUGGGUACCAAAAUCAGGAACGGCGGUGUGAUCGGCCUAUGGGCCUCACCGGUAAUCGGAAGGAAGGCGGGGGCGAAGCCCGAGCCCCCGACCAUGCGUCACACGGGGCUCGGAAAGCUAGGCGGAUUCAUAAAUCACGCCGUCAGCGGAAACAAGCGAACGCAGACAGGUAAUGGAGAUGUUCAAUGGUGCUUUUCGCAAGUGAAGGGGACGCUAGACGAUGAUGUGACGGAGGCGGACAUAAUAUCGUGCGUCGAGUUCAACCACGAUGGAGAGCUGCUGGCGACGGGAGACAAGGGUGGCAGGGUGGUCAUCUUCCAGAGAGAUAGACUGUCGAAGACUGUGCUGCCGCGGCGCGGCGAGUACAAUGUCUAUUCGACGUUCCAGUCGCACGAGCCCGAGUUCGACUACCUUAAGAGCUUGGAGAUCGAGGAGAAGAUCAACAAGAUCCGAUGGUUGAAACGGAAGAACCAGUCGCACUUCCUGCUUUCCACCAACGACAAGACGAUAAAGUUAUGGAAGGUUUCGGAGCGCGACAAGAAGGUGGAGGGUUAUAACACCAAGUCGGAGAACGGCGUGAUCAUCGACCCAUCGAGUGUGCACUCCCUCCGCGUGCCCACCAUCAAGCCCAUGGAGCUGACGGUGGAGGCGUCACCGCGGCGGAUAUUCGCAAACGCGCACACUUACCACAUCAACUCGAUAUCGGUCAACUCCGAUCAGGAAACCUAUCUGUCCGCCGACGAUCUUCGGAUCAACCUCUGGAACCUGGAGAUCACCGAUCAGAGCUUCAACAUCGUCGACAUCAAGCCCACCAACAUGGAGGAGCUUACCGAGGUCAUUACCGCCGCAGAAUUCCAUCCGGUCGAGUGCAACCUCUUCGUUUACAGUAGUAGUAAAGGCACCAUUCGUCUGUGCGACAUGCGCGCCUCUGCUCUCUGUGAUCGUCACGCCAAGUUAUUCGAGGAACCCGAGGACCCUACGAAUCGUAGUUUCUUCUCGGAAAUAAUCUCCAGUAUUUCCGAUGUGAAACUAUCUAAUUCCGGCCGCUACAUCAUCUCUAGGGACUAUAUGUCCGUCAAAGUCUGGGACUUGCACAUGGAGAAGAAACCGCUAGAAACAUAUUUGGUGCACGAAUACUUGAGGUCGAAGCUGUGCUCGCUGUAUGAGAACGACUGCAUCUUCGACAAGUUCGAGUGCUGCUGGAAUGGGAACGACACGGCGAUAAUGACGGGGUCGUACAACAACUUCUUCCGGAUGUUCGACAGGAGCACCAAGCGUGAGGUGACGUUGGAGGCAUCGCGCGACAUCGCCAAGCCGAAGACGAUCCUUAAGCCGCGCAAGGUGUGCGCCAGUGGCAAGCGGAAAAAGGACGAGAUCAGUGUGGACAGUUUAGAUUUCAACAAGAAGAUCUUGCACACCGCUUGGCAUCCCACAGAGAACAUAAUCGCCGUCGCGGCCACCAAUAACUUAUUCCUAUUUCAAGAUAAGUUCUAGCGUACAUAAUAAAAUUAGGGUUUAAUUGAUGAUAAUAAUAUGAUAAAUUAAUAAAUUUCAAACGAACGUUAAAAUCACACGCAUUUUGAGAGAAUCUUCAACUAAAAACAACAGCAAAUACCAUUCGAAAAAAAA